UUUAAAACAUCUGGAAGACAAACACGUGAGAUCAAGAGGACAAUCUUUUAUGAAUAUUUUGAUAAAAAAGUGUGCGUAGUUCUUGCUUAAAAAUGAAAGUUAAAGUAUUAAGUAGGAAUCCUGAUGAGUACUUACGAGAGACUAAACGAGACAUUCAUAAAAUUCCACGAAAUUUCGAUCCCUCUUUACAUCCCUUCCAAGCGGCCAGGGAAUACACAAAAGCACUGAACGCUGUUAAGUUGGAAAAGGUAUUUGCGAAGCCUUUUGUAGGCAAUCUAGAAGGCCACAGAGAUGCAGUGUCCUGCAUAUGCAAGCAUCCCUCUCAGCUGUCCACAAUUCUCAGCGGUGCUUACGACGGCGAGGUGAGAACCUGGUCUCUCAGCCUGGGUACGUGCACACGCGCGUUUUUGGCUCACAAUGGCAUAGUUCGCGGUAUUGCGUACGUGCCAGAUGGAAAACACUUCAUUACAGUCGGUGACGACAAAACGAUUAAAACUUGGGACGCAGUCUCUGCUAGUGAAGAUGAGGAACCUGUGAAUACUAUUGUCAACAAAACAGUAUUAACUGGCAUAACUCAUCAUCGAGCUAACUCUACAUUUGUUACUUGUGGAGAAGGAAUAUGUCAAAUGUGGGAGGAUACUCGUAAUGAACCACUUCGUACAUUUAAAUGGGGUGUAGAUAGUCUACUCGACAUAAAGUUUAAUCCUGUACAAAAAGAUCUUUUAGUCUCUUGCGCCAGUGAUCGCAGCAUAAUUUUAUACGACACUAGAGAAACAGGACCUUUAACAAGGAUAAUAAUGAAAUUACGCAGCAACAAGCUCUCUUGGAAUCCUAUGGAAGCUUUCAUCUUUACUUGUGCCAAUGAAGAUUACAAUUUGUACACAUACGAUACCCGCAAGAUGAAAACACCGGUUAACAUACAUAUGGAUCACGUAGAGGCCGUGAUAGAUGUGGAUUAUUCUCCGACGGGGAGAGAAUUUGUUUCGGGCAGUUACGACAAGUCGAUUCGUAUUUUCGAAGCGAAUAAAGGUCACUCACGAGAAGUGUAUCACACAAGACGCAUGCACAGACUUACCUGCGUAGGAUGGUCGCUCGAUAACAAAUUUGUAAUUAGUGGCAGCGACGAAAUGAAUCUUCGUAUAUGGAAAGCUAAAGCAUCGGAAAAGCUCGGCAUUCUGAGAGCUAGAGAAAGAAACGCACUGCUUGUCAAUGACGCUUUGAAAGAAAAGUACGCGGCGCAUCCGGAAGUUCGACGAAUUGCACGUCAUAGACAAGUACCGAAACACAUAUAUAAUGCGCGAGCCGAAUUACGAACGAUUCGCGAGAAAAGUAAACGCAAGGAGGCUAAUAAACGUUAUCAUUCCAAGAAGGGAGCUAUACCGUUUGUAUCAGAAAGGCAAAAGAAUGUUGUGGCUCACGAAAGCUAAAACGGCACAUAUUUGUAUCUUUUUAUCUGUCACAUUUCGACCUUUAUUUAGCGAUUCGUUUUAAAUCAUUGAAUUUGUACUGUUGGAUUCUACAAGAUGUUAUACAGUCGUAAGAAAUACUUUGUAUUAUAUUUAUUGUAAUAAAUAAUUUCUCUUGACAUUAUACAACGCAUUGCGAUAAUAAAAAUUCAUGAAACAUUACAAACCUCAAGCAGUGAUUAAUGUCAUGCGUAGCGUACAUUACAACAGUUAAUUAUGCUGUUUUUUGCGCGAUUAUCUUAGCACGCAUUAAUCGAUUUAAUACAAACACUUCAUUUUUCCCUUGUUAUUUUUAACUUGAUAUUCCAAAAACACUAUUUUAAAAUGUUUGCACAAUCCAUUAGAUCGCGCAUGUGCGAUGAGAUUAACGACAUGAGACACAUCACUGUCUCAGUGUUUUUACGCAAUUGCGGCUAUGAGUUUAAAAAAUGAUUUAUGGUAGAUAUAAUGAAGUUUUACAGAUACAAAUAUUUCUGACGAGACUUGUUACAAUAAAUUUUAGCAAUUCGCGUUGUCAUCGCGUUAUAGCGACACAUUGUAUUAUAGAAGCAGAAAGUCACAAUCGAUUCAUAUUUGCAGAAAUCUAUUAUACAUAUCAUACAUACGAUUUCAAUGCACUAUAUGCAUAAUUCUGAACUUUCUUUAACACAAUGCGUCACUAGAUACAAGUCUGAAUAUAUACUCGUCGACAAAUUAUGAUGCAAUCUCAUUUGUCGUUCAGGAAUCGAAACCGUCAUCAUUUUAAAAAAUUUAAUAUUCAAUGAUACAAAAAUGUACGCUAUAUUGUCUUUAUAUCCCUAUAGCAUAAAAAUUUAAUCACCGAGACUGUUAAUAUUAACAGCUUAAUAUUUACUCUUAUUUUUUUUAAUGAAUAACGGUCAUAAUGAAUGAUUUUAAUGAGAUGGCAGUUUUGUAAAUUUCGAUGUAGCUUGUACAUCCUAUUUAAUAGCCAAGGAAUCGCUAAUAUGUGGUAAUUAUACUCGAAAAAUUAUUUUCUGGUAUGUAAAAAAGUGCAGUUUAGUGUCUGGUCGACGCUGACAAUAUUUUAAA